AUGCGAGACGUUUGGAUCGGCUCACUCAAAGGCUAUUAUUUGCUUUCGCAUCACGGGAUAAGCAAGCGUUCUACGGAACCCAGCCACGAGCAUCACCGAAGGUUGAACGAUGAACCGCAGGUGCGAUGGUUCCAACAGCAGCGCGAGAGGCGGAGGGUGAAGCGUGACUACACGCAGAGGGAGAGCGCCCUCUGGUCUCAGAUCAAUCGACGUUUGCCUUCGCACCGGACGAGGCAUCGGGCUUUAAAUCCGACGCCGUACUUCCCCGACCCCCUGUUCAAGGAGCAAUGGUACCUGAACGGCGGUGCCAAAGAUGGCCUUGAUAUGAACGUUGCACAAGCAUGGCAGAAGGGCUACACGGGAAAAGGAAUCGUGGUGUCCAUCCUCGACGACGGUAUUCAAACCAAUCAUCCUGACCUCGCGCAGAACUAUGACCCCCACGCGUCCACCGAUAUCAAUGGCAACGACGACGAUCCGAUGCCACAAGAUAACGGUGACAACAAACACGGAACUAGAUGCGCCGGUGAGGUCGCUGCAGUCGCAUUCAAUCAAUACUGCGGUGUCGGCAUAGCUUACAACGCCAGUAUAGGUGGGGUCCGGAUGUUGGAUGGCGUUGUCAAUGACGCAGUCGAAGCUAGAGCUCUGGGUUUAAAUCCGGACCACAUCGAUAUAUACAGUGCCUCUUGGGGACCCGAAGAUGAUGGCAAGACUGUUGACGGACCUGGCCCGUUAGCCCGGAGGGCAUUCAUUUACGGUGUGACAAGUGGACGCCGGGGUAAGGGAAGCAUAUUCGUAUGGGCUUCGGGUAACGGCGGAAGGCAUACUGACUCUUGCAAUUGCGACGGCUACACAAAUAGUAUAUUCACGUUAUCCAUCUCGAGUGCUACACAAGGGGGGUACAAACCGUGGUAUCUCGAGGAAUGUUCGUCCACGCUCGCCACCACGUACAGUUCAGGCACGCCGGGGCACGAUAAAAGCGUGGCAACCGUCGAUAUGGACGGGAGAUUGAGACCCGAUCACAUUUGUACAGUAGAGCACACGGGUACAUCAGCCUCUGCCCCUCUGGCGGCAGGCAUUUGCGCUUUGGCUUUGGAAGCCAACCCUGAUUUGACGUGGAGAGACAUGCAAUAUUUAGUAGUUCUUACGUCACGGCCGCAGCCCUUAGAGAAGGAGACGGGCUGGCUCGUAAACGGUGUGAAGAGGAAAGUAAGCCAUAAAUUUGGCUACGGUUUGAUGGACGCCACGGAGAUGGUUAAUCUAGCCGAGCAAUGGGUGUCUGUGCCGCCACAACAUAUAUGCAAGUCGCAAGAAAUCAACGAAGACAAGUCAAUUGAAUCUUCAUACGGAUAUACCUUAAGCGUUCACAUGGACGUUAACGGCUGUAGCUCGACUGUCAACGAGGUAAGAUAUCUGGAGCACGUCCAAUGUAAAAUAUCACUGAGGUUCUUCCCAAGGGGUAACCUGCGAAUACUACUCACGUCUCCGAUGGGAACAACGUCCACUCUUCUGUUUGAGAGACCCCGUGAUGUCGUCAGUUCCAAUUUCGACGACUGGCCCUUCCUAAGUGUUCAUUUCUGGGGAGAACGCGCCGAGGGCAGAUGGACUUUGCACAUUGUUAAUGCCGGAAACCGGCACGUGAAUCAGCCGGGCAUUCUGAAGAAGUGGCAGUUGAUAUUCUACGGCACAUCCAUCGAGCCCGUAAGAUUGAGGAGCAAGAAACCUCCAGCGAUCGCGCCCCCAUUCGCAUUCCCAACGGCCGCUGACGGCUACGACUCCGCCGGUGAUUCUUUUUACAAUACUGACGCGUUUGCCAACUAUCAGAACUUUCCCAGCCUCUUCGCGGCCGGCUCUGACCCGGAGAAGGCGAUAGCACAGCUCGAUGGACACAACGUCCCUUCACCGCAUGGGGAGAACGUCCUCGCCGAUAGUAACGACAAGCGCGUCAUACACGAAUGCGAUCCCGAAUGCGAUGGACAAGGCUGUUACGGCAAAGGACCGACGCAGUGCAUCGCUUGUAAGCACUACCGUCUCGAAGACGCCUGCGUCUCCCGCUGCCCCCCGCGCAGUUUCGCCAACCAGGGCGCGGUCUGCUGGCCGUGUCACGAAUCGUGCGAAACCUGCGUUGGUCCCGGUCAGGACUCGUGCCUCACCUGCGCCCCGGCGCAUCUGCUCGUCGCGGACUUGGCGGUGUGCCUCCAACAGUGCCCCGACGGCUACUGGGAGGACAGCGAGGCCUCUGUGUGUCGGCCGUGUGCCGCGCACUGUUCCACUUGCUCUGAGAGGGCCGACGCGUGCACGUCGUGCGAGCACCAUCUGGUCCUCCACAACGGGACCUGUUUGGCCUCGUGUCCGCCGUCGUACUUCGAGACGGAGGACUACACGUGCGCCAAGUGCCACGCCUCUUGCGACACUUGCGAGGGCUCCGGCGCCGCGCAAUGCGUCACCUGCCACCCGUCCAGCUACUCGCUCGAAGGUCGGUGUGUCAACGCCUGCCCCGGCGGCUACUACGCCGACAAGAAGAGAAAAGAAUGUAUGAAAUGCCCAGUGGGGUGUUCCACGUGUAUAAGCACUUACUGUUUGUCCUGCGACGCCAAUUGGGAACUGAACAAAAAGGGUAAAUGCGUCCUCAAUGGCGCCGAGAAGUGCAACGUGGGUGAAUUUUCCGAUGGCACCAACUGCAACCGAUGUCACAGCGCUUGCGAUUCGUGCUACGCCGACAACGAUUUGAGUUGUUUGACGUGCCCAUCGCCAAAUCUCUUGGAGAAUUACAAAUGCGUUACGGAGUGCAGCCGAGGUUUCUAUUCGGAGGCUGGCAGGUGCACGCGCUGCGUUCACGGUUGUUCAGAGUGCGUUUCGAGGCUCAACUGUACCGCUUGCGCUGGUUCGUUACGUUUGCAAUCGGGCGCCUGCAGAACGUCCUGCGCUGAUGGGUACUACGCGGAUAGGGGCACAUGCUCAAAGUGCUACUUGUCUUGUCGAACAUGCAUCGGCCCACGGCGGGAUCAAUGCGCGUCUUGUCCAUCUGGCUGGAGGCUGGCGGCCGGCGAGUGUCAUCCGGAGUGUCCGCAGGGAUUCUAUCAGAGCGUAGGUGGCUGUCGCCGCUGCCACCACUACUGCCGCGAGUGCGACGGCUCCGGCCCGUUGCACUGCAAGUCCUGCCCGCCCCGCUUCAUGCUAGAUGGCGGGCUAUGUAUGGAGUGCCUCGGCUCUCAGUACUACGAGGAGAGCAGUGGAACGUGCCGCUCUUGUCAUGCCUCAUGCCGCUCCUGUUCCGGACCCGGCAGGUUCAGUUGCACGGCGUGCUCCAGGCCCCUAAGGCUGGACAGGCUGAACAAUCAAUGUGUGCCCUGCUGCUCGGAGCGGGGCAUCCCCGCCAACUCCUCGACCACGUCCGAAUGCUGCCACUGCAAUCCCGAUAAUGGCGAGUGCAUAAACUCCUCGGUGGCCGGCAAGCGGCGGAUAGCUGAGUGGGGCGCGUUGCACACCGAAGCGAGCGAGCGCUCGGCGCCCCCUCUCUCGACGGUCACGCUCGCGGUGUUCGCGGCGGCCGCGGCGGUAUUGCUCGCGGCGCUGUUCGCGUUGCAGAUGCGCAGCGUUCGCCGUCCGAAGGCGGCCGUCCGCGGCGUUCUAUAUUCGCCGCUCGCUUGCAACGAGGAGGGCGAGGUGACCUCGCGCGCCGAAUUCGCCGUCGUCGAGCCGCCGAACGAGCGCGAACGCGAACGCGAACACGAGCACGAACCGCUCCUGGAACAUUCCACA